AUGGCUUGGCACUUUCCCACUCAACUUAGUGAUUUUGGGCCUUCGAUAUCGAUUGUGGGCCUGCCACGUGUCCUAAAGAAGGAGGUUGCCCUAAUCGAGGAAUCGGUAGGCUGGGUGCCGAAUGCCAUUAUGAUUGGACACAAUCUUUGUCCACGUGUUUGGCCCUCAUUGGCUGUUCAUUUUGGGUAUAAACAAGUUCCAUUCUUGUUGAUGAACUAUGACUCAUUCUAUUCAAAGCUUCUAGGCUUCCUUGAUGAUUGUGAGGACUGGGGCACCUUCUCCAACGGAGAGAUUACAUCUUUGUGGAAGGUUUGUGAUAGUAACUCAGAGGCUUUGGCUUAUUUGGCAAGGUUAGGUAGUUUGGCUAAAAAGAAGGAAAAUUCUCCUUCCAGCAGACUCCUUACUUGGCUCUCUAUUUUGGAGAACUAA